AUGGCAACCAUUAGGGAACAUGUUAGAAAAAGAGAAUUUGAAAAAAAGAAAGUCAUUCUCUCUCUUGGCACUUACGAGUUGAAUUAUGGCAAUAUUCGAGACAGCCAUAUGAGACGCCUCCUACGUGAAAUAGUUGGCACAUUAAAAGAGAAAGGUGUCGAAGACAUUAAAAUUUUGUUUCCAAUGAUUUUUCCAGCUGGAAAAAACGACCGAGGAGUUACAGCUAAAAGAUAUUAUGCUUGGAGGAGAAUUUUUGAAGAAGUCUGUGACAACGAGUCCGUUACUCUGUGGUGGUCGCCAGCAGCAGUAUUUAUCAGGUUGAUCAGGUUGGAAGAUGGAAGGUUGAGGUUUCAACCUGACAAAUCCGGCAAGGUCAUUCCAAGAGACAAUAGGCUGCAAAAGAAAGCGAGUGGCUACGUGCCAAACGAAGCAGGCGAAAAAGAGUUGCUUUUCGAGAUGAAAAAAUGUUACAACCAUAAGUUUAAACCAAAAAAUUCAGUGUUCAAUUCGCAAAACUUAUGCGUAGAAACGAGUACGAACCUGUCUGCUGAAGUUGUCACCGAGUCGGAUGGCGAUUAUUUAGUCACCACCAAAGAGUCAAUUGAAAAAACGAAAGCGAAAAUGCCAGAGAGUAGCAGGCCGAUAGCGCAAAUUAUUGAAGACCUAACCAAGAUGGAAGUGAAGCUGUCUCCGGAUUGGCAGAAAAAAGUCAAAAUGGUCUGUAAAGCGUGGAAGAAUAAGCAAGGUCAGCCUAUGGAAGAAACCUCAAGCGAUGAAGAAACAACGAAAUCGAGCGAUGGGGCACCAGCCAAUCAUCAUGAAGUCGCAGUCAAUCAGGCAGCUGCAGAUCAGAGUAGCACACCAGAGAGUGACGUCAUUGAUGAGAAGCGGACCGAUCCAAACACUGUUGAACCGUUAGUGAGAAGCCAGAUAGAGAAUUUCGAUCAGGCUAAGACCUGUGUGGUACCGCUGCGGUUCGCGGACUUAACUUUAUUUACUCAGUUAGAUUCUGGCGCUACGCCCAAUAUCAUGUCGGAAACUUGUGCCAAUAAUUUAAUAAAUAAUUAUAAAGAGAAAAUUGAAUUUAUUUAUUUAAAACGAGUACUUCAGUGUAGAUUGGCUAACAACCAAGUGGUAAGAACGUGGAAAAAGGCAAUAGUAGUGCCAUUGAAAUUUGGCAAGCAUAAGAUCAAAGUGCCAUUUUUUGUGAUGCCUGGUGACAACAAGUUGUUACUGAUUGGCACGAAAUCGAUCGAGAAGCUAGACAUAAAAACAGACGUAAAGAAAGGUACUGCUACGUGUAGGCCACCUGGCACUCACAGAGCUGAAGAGGUUGUAUUUGCAAAGAGAAGCGAAUAUCGGGUUGAAGACAUGUAUACCAACCAAAUACAACUUGAAGAAGAGUACCAAAAAGAGACAGUAGAAAUAGUUUCACGAGCUGAUUUACAUAGUUUUUUUAGAAAGGAUGGAAGGCCUAAAGACGAUGGGCCUGAAAUCUUUGAAAGAAACCUGAGAAGGUACCUAGGUGAAGCAGUUCGUGAAGGAAGGAUUACGAAAGCCGAGUCUGAGGAGGCACUCGAGGAGCUGCUCAAAUUCAGAGAUGUGUUUAGUAGAUUUCCGGGUAAAUACAAAGGAGCUAUGGUGAAAUUGAAGUUUGUUGACCCUAACAAAAUUCCGAACUUCGUAGGGCCUAAAUACAAUCCGUCAAACAAACAACUUGACAAAAUUAGACGUGCUUUGGCUGACAUGGUUGAGCAAGAGGUAGCAGAGCCGUCUGAUACGACUUACAUAAAUCCAUUAGUGCCCAACGAGAAAAAAGACGGAAGCGUAAGACUGUGUUUAAAUCCAGUAGAGUUGAACCCGAUAUUACAAACUAAUUACAACGAGGCGGGCCUCUUAGAUAGAAUAAUUACCUCAGAUGGAGAAGCCCGUUUCUUCACAACGUUAGAUUUCACGACAGCCUUUUGGCAGUUGGUACUGGAUCCAGAGUCGCGCAAGUAUACUGGUUUCAAGGUCGAUGGUAGAGUCUACCAAAUGAUAAGACUCCCAUAUGGCUUGAAAAUUUCAUCUGCGGAAUUUGUAAAAGUAAUUAAUGAAGUAAUACCGGAUAUGCCUGGAGUUACGAAAUACGUGGAUGAUUUGUUGCUAAGGUCACUCACCUUCUCAGAGAUGCUGAGGCUGUUGAAAAAAGUACUUGAGUUGUUGCGUGAGCAUGGGCUCAAACUUAACCCGAACAAGUGUAAAUUCUUUGCCAGUUCCACCGACCAUCUUGGCUUCAAUAUUUCAACUAGAAGCAUAAAAAAACAGAGUAAGAAAAUUGAAGGCUAUUUAGAGUAUAUACAAAAGAAGACGUUAAAGAGAACUGGUAAAGUUAAAUUAGGUAACGUAAGAGAUGUUUUAACCUUAAUAGGGUUAACUGGUAUAUAUAGUCGCUUCAUCCCUAAUUAUCAAGAUAUUGUGAAGCCACUCUAUGAUUUAACUCGGAAAGGCGUGCCAUUUGUAUGGGGCACCGCUCAAGAGGAAGCAGUAGAGAAGCUCACAGUGGAAUUUACGAAAGAGUUUGAGCUUAUGUCACCAGUUGACGGAGAAGAUUUAUACCUAGAUACAGUGUCUACUGAGCAUUCGCUCAAUGGAGUCUUAUACCAAAACAUCAAAGGUGAAGACAAAGUAGUAAUGUUCGUGAGUAGCGCGUUUAAACAACAUCAGCAAAAUUAUACGUUAAUUGAGCGCGAAAUGUUCGCUUUAGUAAGAGUAAUAAAUAAGCUCCAGCUUUGGCUCCAUGGUAGGCGGAUACACGUGAGAGGUGACCUCCAGUCAGUCGUGCACAAGUUUACAACUCUGGCUAAGGUGCAUAGAAAAGCGGCUGGCUGGAUCACAGAGUUGAAUUGUUACGACCUCGUGUAUGAUUUGAAACAUAAAGUAAGAGGUCAAUGGUACGGAAUUCAGGCGCCUGAGUUGACAGUUUACGAUACAAAUUGGACAAACAUGGUGCCAUUAGAUGUGUCAUUUGUAGAAUUGGUAAAAGAUGAAGUCUUGGAUCACCUGAGACGCUUGGACAUCUUCCAGAGUCGUGAUAGGAUGUGUACUAAAAUAGUGCGCAAACUGAACGCCUCAGAGCUUGACAUGACUGCAAAACAGUUAGAAUCAAAGAGAAGAAUGCAAGCUAAAUAUGCAGUGAUCAAAGAGAAAGACAAAGAAUUGCUAUUCAGAAAAUUCAAAGAUGGCUCAAGAAUUCCAGUGAUGCCUGACGAGUUGUUCAGGGAUACCAUUUUUUACUUGCACGAGAUGUAUGGCCAUAUUGGAGCGCAUAAACUAGAAGCGGUCUUUAAACGAUUAUAUUAUUCACCAAAUAUUGUGAAAACUACACGAAUUAUUACGAGCGAGUGCAUCACUUGUAGAAAGACCAAAGGUUAUAGCGAGAAGAAGCGCUUGCAAUUUUCACAAAUAGAAGCGUUUAACAUAGCGGAUGUCAUUUCUGCGGACCUGUGUGGACCAAUAGCGAACGAGUACGGAGAGCCUAAGUAUAUGUUUGUCGCAAAGUGCGUAUUUACGUCGAAAGUGUGGAUUAUUCCACUGGAGUCAAUUCCAGCUGAGACAGUAGUGCAUGCGAUGGAAACUGUGCUCAAUGAUAUAGAGAAGCUGGGCCACAAAGUUCGCAAAGUAAUUACAGACAAUGGCAGCCAAUUUAGGAGUGAGGCGUGGAACGAGAUGCUCACCGCGAAUGGUAUAAAAAUAGGCCAUACUACAACUUACAACCCUCAGUCUUCUCUGGUUGAGCGCACGAUGCGCAUAAUUGGAGAUAGGCUGAGAGCAAAGUUGAACGAUGAGCCCGAGAAUGACGAGUAUACUCACCACGGUUGGCACGUGCAUGUUAAGAAAAUAGAGUCUGAAAUAAACAAUACCCCUACUGAAUUUGGCAUAAAACCGAAUGAGGUAUGGGGCAUCGAAGAUGAGUUUUCUGCCAACAUGCCAACCAAAUUGGCUAAGUUAAAUUCUAAGUACCUGCUCAAGAAGCUGCAGCAGGACCAAAUCGAGAAAAAUCCUAAAUCUGUGACUACCGAGACGCUCAUGGAAAAGCCUAUGGAGCUCUCAAACCUGAUACGUGACGAAGAUGGUUAUUACUGGGCAGCCGUUGAUGGAGCUUGCUCAAACAACGGUUCCAGUGAUGCCAUAGCAGGUAUAGGGGUGGCUUGGACUCCUACUGGAGAAUUUAAUAUAUCCGAAAGAGUAGACCACCCUAGGUACCGGAAUACCAAUAAUUUGGCCGAGGCGAUAGCUCUGUGCAAAGCUAUGAAAGUGAUGCUCAAACUAGGUGCAAAAAGAGGAAAAAUAUUUUCGGAUUCAUGCUAUUUAACAACAGCAAUAAAUUAUAAUGUAGAGAAAUGGAAGAUCAAUAACUGGAAGAAUGCUAGUAAAAAACCAGUUGUGCACCGAGAAAUUUUUCAAGAAAUUUUAGAAUUGAAAGAAAAGUUUGAGAAGUUUGAGUUAAAGCACACACCUGCGAGAAGCUUUGAUCGUAACAACCACGCCGCUGAUAAGCUAGCGCGUAAGGCGGUGUAUACACAAGAGUUGGUAGACCUGCGAGUUGAUGAAAUGACCGAGCAGCAGGCGUUAAUUUCAUUUAUUCGAGAAAAGAGAAAGCUACAAAGAUCAAGAGAUGAAGUAGCAUUUUAUAAAAUUAAGGGAGACCCCAUUUGUUACGAGGAGGGGGAAUUAGUUAUGCUUACGGAACACAGACAGAGCUCAUAUGAUAAAGGAGUCUCGAAAAAAUUGUUUCCUAAGCGUUUUGGGCCUUACAUGGUCAUGAAGCAUGUCGGAGAUAAUGCAUACAGAGUAAGAAGCAUAGCUAACGAGUCUGAUGAGCAAAUUGUCAAUGCUAGGCAAAUGACAAUUUAUUUGAAUUUAGAACAACAAGAGAAGCUCAAAAAUGAUCCGAAAUUAAAGUCAAAGACAGACUCAAGGCCCUUAAUUGAAAAAAUUAAAGAGAAAGUAACGCCGAAAGAGAUAGAAAGGCCAGAAAUUGACGAGGAGGUCGAAGAGGAGGUCAUUGACCCUAAAAUACACGAUCAAGUAGCAGAAAGAGCAGCUAGGCUAUUGGCUAGAGAAUUGCGAAAGAAAGAGCUAGAACAAGCUGAGGAAAAGAGAGGAAAGAAACUGCAAGAAUUCCAGAAACUCAAAAAGCAUGCGAGACGCAAGUUAGAUGAUAAAGAAAACGAGAAGAUUGCUACGUGCAUUAAAAAAGCCGUUGGGUUGACAACAAAGGCUGGAGAGAUACUUGCGAACGCGGAAAAGAAAGAUAGAGAUAGAAAAAGAACGAAAAAGUUGAAGCCAGGUGAAAAAGCACCUGGGUCAGACGAUCCGGAUUAUGUACCACCUACAAGCACGAAAAGAAGAAAAAAGAAAACAGUAAAUUUUAUAGCUCUGGAAAAAUUAGAAUCUCAUCACCGUGUGAUGUUCGUAGAGUUGUACAUGAAUUACGAGGACGUGCUGAAAUAAAAAGAGAAAAAGAGUAGCUGGAAUUCGAGGUACUGGUUGGUGCCUAAAUUUUAAUCUGUAAAUAAUUUUUUUUUAUUAGUUUUACAUCUUAUUUUAUUCAAAUUACUCGUAGCAAUAUUUUAACCUAGUUUUAAAAAACCAAAAAGAGCAAGCCAUCGAAAGUAAAAGCAAGUUCUAUCCGAGUAGCAUACGAGCUGUAUGAAGAGAAGUAGUACUAGCGAGUACGCGGGGGGUAGAAUGGAACGAACGCAACGAGAACGAAAACGAGCGGCUCCCCGCAACCUGUAGUUACGAAGCAGAGAGUAGUCUGUACGUUAGCGAGUAGGCGGGGGGUGGUAAAGAGUCGCACGCAUCAGCUGAUAAAACUAGAUCGGUUGAAACGAACCAACGAACGAGGAAAGUAAUGCCAAGGACGUUGCAGUUUUGAUGUAUUAUUGAUGCGUGUUAUGUAAUAACGUGAAUGUUUGUUGAAAGUUUGUAGUGAAGUGCGUAUUCGUAGAGUUCGGCAUAUUGAUGCUUUUGUGGUAAAUUUUGCGCUAAUUGGUGAUCGUAAAAGCUCACGUACGCGUGUGUAUGUGCGAAAUCGUAUAAUUUGGCGUAAAAAAGUAAAAAAUCGGGUAAUUUAUUUGAGAAGUGAACAGUUUGCUGCAUGUUUGUUUCGGUAAGGUCUAACAAAGAAGCCUAAAAUCAAAAUGGCGUAAGUCUAUUGAAUAUGGUUUUUAAUUCGCUCGUGUUGUAUUUUUCCGUUAGAAAAGUGAAUAAAAAUUCGAAACGUGUUGAUUAGAAGAAAAAUUCCAGUAAAAGAGUAGCUCCUCGUGUAUUUCGACUGGGUAAGUUGAAUUUGUUUAUCCUCGUGUGCAAUUAAUUUCAUUGUGUUACACGAUACGUCAUGCUUAAUUAGUGAAAGAUUAUUAAUUUAGUGUGGUAUUUUUUGCACACAGCCGAAGAAGCUACCGGCUAUACGAGAAGCGACGUGGUUUUUUGUCUUGUUUCAACGAGUUGGAAAAACGAUAGUGGUCAAGUGGUGGCAUGAAAUUUUUCGACGAAGUUUUGUUUUAUUACAAAAGCUGAUUAGUUGGACGUUUGAGUAGUAAAUAUUCGUUUGACGAGAAUUCUAUCGACGCUGAGAUUAGGUAAGCUGGAUUAGAAGUACCUACGAGUAGUUUACACGUACCUACAAACAAAGUAAGAUAAUACGAAAAUUAAUUACCUGUCGAUGCUUUCAGUAAUAAGACAUAUUGGAUCGCAGUAAAUCGAUUCGAGAAGCUGGAAGUUUAUUUUAGUCAGACAGAGGUAAUUAGGAUAAAUAGAGUAGAUUACGAGUAAAAUACGAAAAAUGCAUUUGUACUUACCGUUGUGCCGUUGAUUUGCCACAGCUAUUGACGUAAAAUGGAUGGCGCGGACGAAAGAGAAGAUAUACCGAGACGAGCGUUUGUUUGGGAUGAUAGCAACAGCAGCACUUCCGAAAGGUAAAGAUCUUCGAUACCUGUAAAAUAGAGUAAAAAUUAGAUUAUUCUCGAGUAGCAUCGAUAAUUAACAGAGUACGGUGUAAUUGUUAUUCAAAUUUAGCGAAGAGGAGAAGACUGUAAAUUAUGUUAUUUUUAUAAUUUUUUGAGAAUGUAAUUGUUUUUUUUGUUUUCGUUUGCCAAGAGAAAAGCCAGAGAAGCAGUGGUUUUUUCUAUGUUAUUUUACAAGUAGAUGGAUUGAUUAAGUUUAAUUUUGUAUGUUUUUUUUUAGUUUUGUUUAAUUGUUUUGUUUGCGAAAGGUAUACCAAAUAAAGAGUAGUGUACCAAGAAAGUGAACAAGAGUGAAUCGAUUUUUUGUGUUUAUCGUCCAAUGUGAUAUUUGUGUUCCAUUUACGUGAAUUCUGUGGAAUAAUUUCUGUGUUAGGCAAACGAGUAGAAAAUAAGAGAAUUGAAUUUUUUUUUAUUUAUAUUGUUGUAUCAUCGAAAGAGUAGCCAGAAUACGAGGUGAAAAAUGUGAUAUAGAAUAAAACUUACGUAACGAGCAUUGAUGUUUUCAUUUCGCGAACCAACGUGUUUGAACCGGCAUGGUAAUAAUGGGUAGCUUUGAACACCAGCGAGAUACCUGUAAAAAACAAAAAGAGAAACAAAGUACAAAGUUCUUUUUGGUAAAAGCAGUAAAAGAGAAGUAAAAAUAUUACAUCCCGUGACAGGUAUCAACGAGUAGCUGCGUAAACAAUCCGAGUAGCUGGAGUUAGCGUGCGUGAACUGGUCUAGACGUGUUGGAAUUUCAGCACCUGCGAAAAACAGAGUGUUAAUAUUCAGAGGUAGACUAUGAGUAGAUGAAAGAGUAGUUACCUGAAUCUGGAAGCAGUGAAGCAACGAGUUGAACUCAAGUGAAAAACCUGGAACAGAGAGAAAGAAAAGAGUUGAAUUAUUCGAGUAGCUCACCUGAGUAGUUUCACAGGGUUCGAGUCAAGAAGAAGUUCCAGAGUUCCAGCCAAGUUCCGGCCCAGACAAUGGUAUGAUGUAUAAGAUUAACAUAGUGAUAAAAUUCGAUUGUAAUAUUAUUAUUAACACAAAUGUUUAGAUAUGUUAAUCUUAAGAUCGCGAAAAUGUAAAAAGAUUCUGCAAGAGUAGCCAGAUAGGGAUGUAGGGCCAUAUAACGAGCAGGCCACAUCUGGCAUACGAAGCGGGGCAGGGGGAGCCCAAGUACUCUACGAGACGCUGAGUAGGCCUCUUUUAGGCUGCGUAUCCAGACGGGCCCCCGAGCUAUACCCAGCCGGGGCAUUAUGUAGAGGGUACUUGGGACUCCAUGUUACCACUCUACAGUGGUAAUUUGAUGCCCAGGUCGGAGGCUGCACUGAACCAGGUGCAACGCCAUCUGGUGGACUGGUUCAGGGAAGCUGACGGCCGAGAGUAAGUUACAGAGUUGCUUCGCAGUUUUCCAAUCUUCUUCUAACGAGCAAGAUAGAGCUUUUACGCUAGCUUGGAGAACGUUUAUGCCUUUAAGCAGAAUCUUUCGUUGUUAUAUGAAUGGUAGUAAUUGUACAUUGUAGCAACAUGUACUAUAAACCUUGUUCAUGUGCUUGAAUAAAUAUUCAGAGUAAAUCA